CAAUCAUUUGACAAAACAAUUGAAAACUCAAUUCAAUUAUCGCUUCAAAUCGUGACCAAAAAAACUCAAUUAAGAAAAAACUUUUGAAAAACUAAUCAAAAUCUGUGCCCAAAAUCAUUGGCGAAGUCAUUGAGUCAUAAGACGUGUGGUUACCGCCGAAGCAGCAGAAGAAGCGAUGUCUCAUUGGUUCCACAGAAAUGCGUUGAAGUGUACGACGAGUCAGACGUUUGCGUUGUCUCUGGUCUCGGCUCAGCCGCAGGCCAUCCAACUCUGCGACCGACUCAAGUCGGCCCGACUCAUGGCACUCGACCUCAUGACUGAUCCGUCCAGCGAUGCCCAGGCGGUCGACCAACAGCUCAGACACUAUCUCUCACUGUUGUUGGGCUUUGUAUUCAAUCACAGCUUUGACCCAAACCACGGCCCGACCGACAGCUCCAAACUUAGACACUAUAUUAAGUUCAAGUGGACGGACAGUCUGUUAGGUGCGAUUCCGUGCGUACGACAGGACUCGGUGUUUGAGUUGAUAUCCAUAUGCUAUGAAUACGCCAUUUGGCUGACCAAACAUUGCGCCCAAUUGGCCGCCAAACCCGACAUCGAUAUGGAAGCGGCCAAAGAGUGUCACAAGUGUUUGCGUAAAGCGGCCGGAGUUUUGACCGCCAUUCAGAACGAGUGGUGCGAACGGCUUCUGGAGCGAAGUUUUGUCGCCGGAGCCGAUCUCGACCCCCGUGUGAUCACCGCUUAUAUACUGCAGUGUCAGGCGGAGGCCCAGGAGGUGACGAUCGCGCGGGCCAUCGAAUUGAAGCACAACCCGACUCUGGUGUCGGCUCUGGCCAACGAGACCUCUAAGAUGUUUCUGUCGGCCGCAGGAGCUGUCAAAGCCUUAGACCCGACCAAAGUCGCCAAAUGGAUGACUUAUUUUCAGCUAAAGUCCGCUUUCUAUGAGUCUUACGCUUUCUGUUAUUUAGGGGAAAGCCUUUUAGAGCAGGAGAAGUGCGGGGAAGCCAUCCGUGCGCUCGAAGAGAGCGAAAAGUUUUACGACAUUUCUAUGAAACUAUGCAAAGAGUAUCGCAAACUGAAAGCACCGGCAAUGGGGGGCACAGGCGCUAAGAUUGAUGAACACCUCUUUUUUCGCAAAUUACAGCCAUUAGUGAAGCGCACGAAAGACAAGUGCGUCCGAGAAAAUGGAUUCAUUUUUCACGACACAGUACCCAAAGACUGUCCGGUACUGGAGCUGAAAGCCACACACGGUUUGGUGACACCCGAGGAGUUUUCGAUGCCUCCACUCCACGAGCUCUGGACCGCUGAGUCGUACGCGGCGUUUAAUUUGGCGCAAAAUGUCACUUUUGUUGAUCCGCGCAAAAAGGCGGACAAAAAAGGGGACAAAAAGGGAGAGUCUGGCGAUAAGCCCGAAGAGCCCAUACCUAUGGUUAACGAAAAGCCGAUUAAAUACAGCGAAACCGAUCCCAAGAACCAAAGCGGUUGUCAAAUACAAUAA